AUGACAAAUUCCUCUCCACCCUUUUCUACGAUCCAUCAGUUCUUCCCUGGUAACACAUUUCUCAAUUUUGAGAGUGUACGCAUAUUAUCGACCGCGCCAUAUGGAGGAUGCGAUGCGGCCGAGUUUCUAACCGCGAUUGCCGCCAUCAACCCCAAGGACCCACAAACAUGGGCAGACGCUUGGAGCCACAUGGCACAUCUGGCCGAAACCAUGGCAGAAGAAGCAUUAUCCCGCGGCGAUGUUGUUGCAGCACGAGACGGGUUUCUCCGCGCUAGUUCCUACACCAGAGCGAGCGGCUACCUGUACAUCAACGGACCAACACUAGACGAACAUCAUCCACUGGCAUUUGAAAUCUCCAAGAAAGUUCAGAGUCUCUUUCGAAGAGCUUUACCUUUCUUGGACUGCGAUGUUCAUGUGGUGGAAAUUCCAUAUGUGGUGGACUCGCCUGAGAGAAAAGAGGUCAUGCUUCCGGGAUAUCUCUAUCUGCCAAAUGCUCAGCAUCGACUACCGGAUGGGAAAAUACCAGUACUCCUCAACACGGGCGGCGCGGAUUCGGUACAGGAAGAGUUAUACUACAUUCAUCCUCAGGGCGGCCACACACGCGGAUACGCUGUGCUCACCUUCGAGGGACCAGGACAAGGAAUAGUCCUUCGCGAACACGGCCUCCACAUGCGCCCAGACUGGGAAGUGACUGGCUGGAAAGGAUACUCGUCGACGCUCAAACGCGAAGUCGGCGUUGAGCUUGACCUCGACCGCAUCGCCGUAGCGGGCGCAAGCAUGGGCGGAUACUACGCUCUGCGCGCUGCGAAAGAUUCACGCAUCAAAGCUUGCGUUGCCAUUGAUCCUUUCUACGACAUGUGGGACUUUGGCACAAAGCACAUCUCGGGCUUGUUCAUGAGCGCGUGGACGGGCGGCUGGAUUGGAGAUGAUUGGGUUGACCGCAUCAUUCGCCUGGGCAUGCGGACGAAUUUUCAACUGCGCUGGGAGGUGGGAGUUACAGCCGCGUUUUGGGGCAUCGCGAGCCCCGCCAAAAUACUGAAAGAGAUGAGCAAGUACUCGCUCAAGGGCGGCUAUUUGGAAAAGGUGCAAUGCCCUGUUCUGGUGACUGGAGCUGGGAAGAGUUUGUACUUUGAUACAGAAGAGCACACCAUGAAGGUUUUCGACGAUCUGGGACAUCUGGAGGAGCGCUGGCGUCGCGUGUGGAUGCCUAACCGGCCAGAAGAAGGGGGACUGCAGGCUAAGAUUGGUGCGUUUGGUUUGGCAAACAUGAAGGCCUAUGGAUUUCUGGAUGAGGUUUUUGGUAUUCGUAGGGUCACGGUCGAAAGCUGA